AUGGUUUACUACUUCACAUCCAACGUUGUAUCACCUUCUGCCUUCAUUUACGUUGGCAAAGACAAGUUUGAGAUUCGGAUUAGACAACGAUGUUUGUUCCACGUCGACAAUCUAUCGAGUGCGCACGUCUACGUACGUCUCCGUGAAGGUGAAACGUGGGACAACAUCGCCCAGCCACUGUUGGAGGACUGCGCCCAACUGACGAAAGCCAACUCCAUUGAAGGCAACAAAAAAGACAAUAUCACUAUUAUCUACACACCAUGGUCGAACCUCAAGAAGGAUGGGUCAAUGGCUGCUGGCCAAGUCACAUUCCACAAUCACAAGCUGGUCCGCAAAGUCUAUGUCAAGCAGCGCGAGAACCCCAUUGUCAACCGACUCAACAAGACCAAGGAAGAGAGAUUCCCUGAUCUCCGUGCGGAGAAGGAGGAGGACACCCGGAGGAAGGCGCGCGGGGACCGCAAGGCUCGAGAUGAGCAGCGUGCAAAGGACAAGAAGCAGCAGCAAGAAUGGGAGAAGUUGAAGUGGCAGAAAGACCAUGCCUAUGAUGACAUGUUCACCGACGAGCAGCUGGAGGCCAGCAACAACCAAGACCGUGACGAGGAUUUCUUGGACGACUUCAUGUGA